AAGCAAGUCUAGCAUUUCCACCACAGACAGCGUAAUACUUGUUGCUUUGCUUUUGGCACAUGUUGUUAUUAUAUACGUACAAUCCACCCUUCGACAUAAUUUUGCAGUCCAUACUCCCUCACAAACAAACCCAACCACGAAAGAACUACCCCAACCCCAUCAUAACAGUUUUCAAAUCCGAUCUGUGCGCAUCACACGGAAGAUUUGGUGCUUAUGUAGAAUCACGACGAGGACAACGUUUUAAAUGGUUUUAACACAUUUGGACUUAUUCUGUGUGAGUAAUAGACUCUGAAUUUUGAGACUUUUAUUGCGAGAGGAAGUCUGCAUGAAAUCCACCAUUUUUGUAACCUGCAAUUCUUUGUAACCUCCAGUGUGAAUUUGGCCAUCCAUAAAUCAUAAGAAUAAGCCCUGGCUCGGGCCAAGUAAGCAGGAAAUAUUCAACACCUUUGCUACGAAUAUAGUUCGCGAACCGUUUAUCUACCAACCAAAUUCCAAAGCAGAUACAAAACGACAAAAUAAAAUCCCGUUUUGUGAAUUUUAAAGAAUUGCUGAGUGGUUGUCGGUGAUUUGUUGGUCGUAUUAACAGCGAGUGAGAAAUAACGUGCGUCCCAUGUUGGUGUGCCUUGCUUAGGAUUUAUUGCGGUUUUUAGUUCAUUUGUUAAAUUGGUUACUUGCAUCAUCCCCGUUCCGAAUGAAUAGCGGGGAAUUAUUUGUGCAGUUACACACGUAUGCAUAGCAAACCGAAUGAUUUGAUAAUUAUAUACGCGGAAAUAAAUAAUGUUGAGCUUCGCGAGAUUUCGAAAGAUUACAACAGAAUGAGAUACAUUUGGAAUUGAUAACAGAGAAACCAAAGACAAAUUCCUCGACGACUGUUCCCAAUGUCACAUUAUUGACAUUAUUGUUCUUUACUGACUGAGCUCAAACUCGCCAAGUGAACGAUAUCUAAGGAAGAAACCAAGCAAUUAAAGUGGCAUUAUUGUGCCAUGUAGUGCUCCGAGUGACAGACAGUCACAAAGCUUGUGCCACACUGAAUUGUUGCUGGUGGCUUCAAGUGUAGUGAACAAGUGAACUGUGGACAAGUGAAAUUUCCUGAUUUGGUUGGUGCUCAGUGUUAAGUUUGAUUGAUUCAAUCCAACAAUUCGCCAUUAUUAUUCAGUUAACAGUGUCAGUGUCAGUGGAGAAGGAUCAGCUUAACAAUGGAUCUUCUUAGGCUGAAACACCUGUGUCUCUUCUUAUCCAUCGCACCCCUCGUUACGGCUCAAUCUGGGACCUACACCAUAAUUGCCCCUCGCACAAUUCGCUCCAACCUGCCGUACAACGUGGGGGUGAGUGUGGAGGCAGAUUCGCCAGUCCAGGUCGUCGUGUCCAUCAAGUCACGUCACCUUUCCGGAGGGUCAUCCGGCUCCACACAGCAGACGACAGUGGAUCCCAAGGCGGCCACCUCUCAGUUGAUCACGCUCCAGGUUGGAGAUCUUGUUGAUGGUGGAAGCUAUAACUUAACGGUACGAGGGACCGGAGGGCUGAAUUUUGAAAACACGACAGAAUUGAUUUACAGUCCAAAGAGCUCCUCGAUUAUUAUUCAGACUGACAAACCGAUUUAUAAACCAGGAGAGUUAGUGCAAUUUCGAGUGCUCUACUUGGAUCGAUCAUUGCGACCCAAGGGACCUGGGACUUUGGACAUUGUGGUCAAGGACAGCCAGGGAAAUAUCAUCAAACAAUGGAAAAACAUUGUUGUCCAAAGAGGCAUGUUUGCAGAACAAUUGCAACUCAGUUCCCAACCAAAUCUGGGGGAUUGGACAAUGGAGGUGACUGCACAAAAUCAGAAGGAAACUCAGCAAUUUGCGAUUGCCGAAUACGUUCUGCCCAAGUUCAAUGUGGACAUAAACAUGCCUUCCUUUGGAACUUUUAACUCAUCAAAAAUUACGACAAGAGUUCGUGCUACGUACACUUAUGGACAACCUGUAAAAGGAGAAUUGGUGAUAUCCGCAUACCCUACAAUUCACUCGUCUUACAUCCAACCUGUAUUUCCUGGGGUCGUAAGAAAAACAGUGCAAAUUAAUGGAGAUGCAGAAGUCGAGUUUGAUUUAGCCACAGAACUUCAGUUGACAGAUGAUUAUCAAAGAUCAAUCCAAAUAGAAACAACGGUGACAGAACAGUUGACAGGUCGUCAGCAAAAUGCUACCAAAACAAUUGUUUUGCACAAGUACGAGUACAAGCUGGAGAUUGUAAAGGGAUCGGAAUCCUUCAAACCUGGGUUGCCCUACACAAUCAUCAUCAAAGUGGCUACGCAGGAUGACGUCCCAAUUUCAGAUCCGAGGACAGAUGCCCUUCAAGUCAAGCAUGGAUUCUCCUACAACCACGAUGAAUUUCAAAUGUCUACAUAUCCCAUCCCUCCCAGUGGAUUGGUCACGCUGACUUUUGAUGCGCCAAAGAACGAGUCUUUAGUUGCGCUAGGAAUCGAAGCCACUUACAAGGACCUCACAGAAUGGUUCCCCACAGUACAAAAAGCAUUGUCUCAAUCUAAUGCUUAUAUCGAAGCUGUAAUCAAAUCCGGCAAUCCCACGGUGAAUACUGAAGUUGAAGUCGACGUAACUGCAACAGUCCAAUUCGACACAUUGUAUUACGAACUUGUAGGAAGAGGGGAUCUUCUUAUUUCGAGAAAAGUCAGCCUUCGUAAUCCAUCAGAUCGACUCAACUUCCGAGUUUUGGCUCCAAUAAAUUCUGCCCCCAAAGCCACGUUGAUCAUUCACAUUAUUCAUGAGAAUGAAAUCAUUGCGGAUGCAGUCGAAUUCAAUGUGGGAGGGUCACUGGAUAAUUUCCUCAACAUUACGAUGACGGCAAAUCAAGUGGAACCUGGAAAGGAUGUGGAAAUUGUUGUUGGCUCCAGACCAAACUCUUUAAUUGGAUUGCGAGGAAUUGAUCAAUCUGUGUUAAUUUUGAGGCAAGAUAAAGACAUCAAUCUUGCCACUGCAGAACGUGAGUUGGAAGCCUGGAAUUCUAUCGACAGGCCCAACAGCAAUUUCCGGUUUAAACGAUCCUUGUUUGCUCCAAGUGGUGCUUCCACUGCAUCUGCUGUUUACGAGAAAGCUGGACUCGUCAUUUUGACAAAUGCAGUUGUCCACCAGCAACCCCCAGUUGGACUCAGAACGUCGGACAAGGCGAAUCCACGACCAAUUCGACCAUUUUAUGACGCGUCUCUGGCAACUUCCUCACUGCGGCCUGACAUUGGUCCACCCAUUUCAUACAAUGGGCCUACGCGAGGUCCACUUCAAGGACCUUACGCGUUUUCUCGGAUUCCUAGACCAAAGCUUUCUCCUUAUCGAAUAUUUCUUAGCAAUUUGAAACAGCUUCCUGCACCCACUUGGAUAUUCAACAGUUCCUUAACUGGAUAUGAUGGGCGAAGCAAGAUCAAGAAAACUGUUCCCGACACAAUUACCUCUUGGGUAAUUUCCGGAUUCUCUUUGGACAACGUAUAUGGUCUUGGAAUUUCUGAUGUUCCAAUGAAACUGAAGGUGUUUAGACCAUUCUUCAUUUCGCUGAACAUUCCGUACUCCGUUGUGAAAGGGGAAGCCGUUGGAGUUCAAGUUUUGGUUCAUAAUUACAUGGAACGCAAUAUAAAUGCGGAUAUCACUUUGGACAACAGUGGAAAUCAGUUUUCGUUUACGCAAGAUGAGAACGAAAUUGAAUCCAGGGUGGAGCUGUAUCGAACGGAGAAAGUCUCAGUUCCAGCAAAUUCUGUCAGCUCUGUCACCUUCCUCAUCACCCCAGUGAAACUUGGUCUGAUUGACCUCAGCGUUAAAGCAGAGUCUCGAAUUGCUGGAGACGCCCUUGUCAAAAUGUUGAAAGUUGUACCUCCUGGUCAACCCCAAAAGCUGAAUAAGGCCAUCAUGAUCGAUUCCCGACGACCAUCAUCCGUUCCUCUGAAUUUGACGACAAAGUUUCCAGCCAAGCGUGUUCCGGAUUCUGACUUUGUUAAAUUCACAGUUGUCGGAGACAUUCUUGGGCCGGCAAUUACCAACUUGGACAGAUUAUUAGAAAUGCCAACUGGCUGUGGAGAACAGAAUAUGAUCAAGUUUGUCCCAGAUGUCGUGAUUCUAGAAUAUCUUCAGGCUACAAGGCAACUUUCAGAAGCCACACGAGCAAAGGCCAUUGAAUUUUUGGAAAUUGGUUAUCAGCGACAACUUUCUUAUCGUCAUGAAGAUGGGUCCUUCUCAGCGUUUGGUCCCAUAAGUAGCAAUUCGGGGUCAACCUGGCUUACAGCGUUUGUGAUCCAAGCUUUCAUUUCAGCAAGACCAUACAUUUUCAUUGACAAAGCAAUCAUCGAAAAAGCAUUGACAUGGCUGGUUAGCAAACAAGAAAUCAGCGGAAAAUUUAAAGAACAAGGACGAAUUUAUGAUACCAACCUCCCUGGUCAGUCGUCCGAAGGCUUGGCACUCACAGCAUACGUCACUCUGGCUUUGCUAGAGGCGGAAUCCGACUCUGACAUUAAGACGGACUCAAGAUUCGCCACGGGUAAAAAUCUGGCUUUGGACUUUUUGACACGAAACUUGGAAGGCUUGACGGAUCCCUACGCUGUCAGUAUCAUCACCUUUGUCUUAACGAAGGCGGAUCACUAUUCGAAACAAGGAGCUUUCAACAUUCUCGAAGGAUUGGCUAAAAUUUCUGAUGAUGGUCAGUUCAAGCACUGGGAGACUAUCAAGUCUGCAGAAGAAGAAAAGAACCCUUGGUCUAAAAAUCCGAGACCUAUUGGAAUCGAAGCAUCUUCAUAUGCCCUGUUGACAUACAGUCAACGUAACUAUGUUGGCGACUCCAUACCUGUGGUUCGAUGGCUUCUUGCCCAGAGAAAUGCCAACGGAGGAUUUAUUUCAACACAAGAUACGAUCGUGGCUUUGACUGCAUUGGCAAGAUUUGCACGACUCUCGAGAACGUCCUCGAUUAACCUUCAUGUGGAGAUUACGUAUGAAGGAGGCAGCCAGGGUUUCGAAAUUAAGGACGAAAAUGCCAUCAUGUUGCAAGAAUUUGCUCUCCCUGCCAAUACUCGCUGGGUCAACGUGGAGUCUACGGGGACCGGAGUUGCGAUUGCUCAACUUUCUUGGGGUUACAAUAUUGAAGUUACAGGGGCUUGGCCAUCUUUCACACUGGACCCACAACUCGAUAGAACAUCCAACACAAACCAAAUGACCUUAUCUGUGUGCACUUCAUUCUAUGGAGGCAAUCAGUCCAAUAUGGCAGUCAUGGAGGUCAACAUGCCGACUGGAUUUCAAGUCAAUAAGGAUAAACUGGCAAAUCUCCUACAUUAUCCAGCGAUCAAGCGCUUUGAAACUGACGAGGAGGACUCCAAAGUAGUAAUGUACUUUGAUUCCUUAGAGAAUAGGCAGGAAAACUGUCCCACCGUGAGUGCCUACCGAGUUUUCCCAGUCGCCAAGCAGGCUCCUGCAUACGUCACCGUUUAUGAUUAUUACGACAACUCGAGAAAAGCAAGGCAAUUCUACAAUGCUCCAAAAACCACCCUCUGCGACAUUUGUGAUGAGAAGUUGUGCUCCCAGGAAUGUCUGGUGGCAAGGCAGCGUCAGAGUCAAGAAAACGCCAGAGUCAAUAAAGCUUCGAGUAGUGCCAUUCCAAAUCUUCUAAGGACAUCAAUCUUCACUUUAAUCUCAUAUUUUUCAAUACUGUUCAUCCACGAGUGAUGGGAGUGAGUGAUUAUUAAGCUAGUUAAAGAAAUAUUAGUUAACCUCUGUGUGUACAUUGGACUGAGUUUAAGUUCCCCUUACCCCCUCGAUUUAUUGUUUUUAUUAUUAUGUACUGAACGUUAAUGGGUUUUACUUUCCUCUGAUGUGCAUAAUUUUCCAAGUGUACUUGUUGAACUCAUAAAAUAACCAUUUAUGUAUAUAUUUUCGAGUUAUUAGAAAUAACAUAUUUGUAAGAAAUAUUCAUAAAUUGAGAUGUCAAUUAAGUAAUUGUCGAUGAAAGCCAUAAUAUGAUUUUGAUAUGUGAAUUAUUUUUACAAAUGAAUGAUAUGGAUUAUAAAAAGUCUUAUACCGUAUGAAUGGAAUAAAGUAGUGCUAAUCUUCGUAGUUCA